AUGGUGUGGGAUCAUGAACUUGUCCUAUUGCUAAGGAGAAAGGGGAAGCUACAUUUUAGACUUGAGAUAGACUAUACCAUGGUUAAUGAGGGUGUGGAGUGUUGUGAUGCUUUAGUGAGGAUCAGAGGAGGAAAAUCUGACGGUGGUGAUUAUUCGCGAGUUCGGCCUCCUACACAAUCAAAUAGGAGAGCUGCUGUUGAAAAAAGGAGAAGGAGAAAUGAGGAAAGGCAGGCGCCCCAGGACGAGCAGCCCCAGGAUGAGCAACCCCAGCAAAAUCUUGUGUUUGAUGCAGAACAGGAUGAGCAGCCCCAGGAUGAGCAGCCCCAGCACGAUCAUGUGUUUUAUGAUGAAUAUGACCAGCAGCAGCAACAGUUUGAUGAUGAACAUGGUCAGCAGCACCAGCCUGAUGAACCCAUGUUUCCUGGAGGUCCUUAUGAUCUUUCUGUCCUUACAGAUUAUGAGCAUCAUAUUGCAAUUAAUGUGUGGAAUGGACAGGAAAGACGUGCCUUGAAAGUUGUUUCCAAUGGCAAAAAGCAAGACAAAUUUAUUGAUAUUAGAUAUCAUUUACCUGCUCAAAUAGAUCAUUGGAUUAAUAUAUCUGGAUUACGUCCUCUGAGAAGAUGUAGUUUGCAUAUGAUUGAUGGUAACAUGAUAUCUGCUUUUGCUGAGAGAUGGCACGCAGAGACUAGUUCAUUUCACCUGCCAUUCGGUGAAAUGACUAUUACUCUUGACGACGUCAGGGGUCUUUUGAGCAUCCCGUGUACUGGAGAGUUUUUCACACCUCCCGCAAAUGUCAAUGAAGAUUUGGCAAUUGCUGCUGCUGUUGAGUUGUUGGGGGUUACAUAUGAUGAAGCUGUCACUGAGACUAGGACCAAUAGAGGGGCUUCGUAUAGUUUUGAGUGGUUGAAAGAGGUAUUUUAUAAGAAACUUCAUGAACGAAGAUAUGACUGUGCAGCUAGGGCAUAUCUACUUCAUUUGGUAGGAUGUACCAUUCUUGCGGAUAAAAGUUUUACACUUGUAUCUGCAAAAUAUCUCUUUCUGUUUCAAGAUCUGGAUAGUUGUGGUAAAUGGGCAUGGGGACCGGCUGCACUUGUUGUGCUAUAUGACUAUCUUAGAGACAGUACAUUGCCUGCAACCAAACAGAUUGGAGGAUAUUUGUCUUUAUUUCAGACUUGGAUUUAUGAACAUUUCCCUGAUAUUUGUAAACGGGAUAUGGAUGAGCAUAUUUCCUCGAUGCCACGGAUGUUUCGUUGGACGGCAAAACAAACAUCUGGGAAUGUGGCAUAUUACAGGGCAAAGUUGGAUGCUUUGAGGGAUACGGAUAUUAUCUGGGCACCAGAUUACGAUCAGAAUGAUGUGACACGAUUUCAGUCUGUGUCAUUAUUUACAGGAUACAUUCGUUGGUGUUUCACGAUGGUUCCGUAUUUACCUGAGAGGUGCAUACGACAGUUUGGGUAUACUCAACACAUUCCUCCUACAUCACUGAUGCUUGUUGCACGUGAUGUCGACGUUGAAUGGAGUAUGUACCGGAAUUCUUGGUAUUAUAGGAUAUCUCAUCCUCGGAUGAUCCCUUAUGUUGCUGCAUAUGCUGGUCCUAGUUAUGAUGAUGAUGCUGGUCCUAGUUAUGCUGGUCCUAGUCAUGAUGCUGGUCCCGAUACUAGUUGUACACGGUGUCACGCAGUUGGUGGUCUUAUACAGCAGAGUUUAGAUUUGCAUAUGGGUGGUCCUGAAGAUGAGAUGCGUGUCUUAUUGGAGAGAGCUUUAUAUAUUUCUAGAGCAGGAGAUUAUCAGUAG